CUAACCAUAUUGGUGCUCUCUCUCCCUCUCUCUCAUCUUCCCUUUCUCUCUCUACGUUUCUAUCAUCGCACAAAGCAAAGAGUCUCUCAUAAGACUCUAAUUCCUCGAUUUUUCGACAUCUUGGUUUAUGAGCUCGAAGGAGAGACCCACUCUUGGUGGCACGCGGAUUAAGACCCGCAAACGGAAUAUUGCGGCACCGCUGGACCCUGCAGCAUUUGCGGAUGCAGUGGUCCAGAUUUAUCUGGAUAAUGCUGGUGAUCUGGAACUUAUUGCUAGGAGCAUUGAGUCCUCAGACCUUAACUUCUCAAGAUACGGUGACACCUUUUUUGAGGUUGUCUUCACAGGGGGCCGUACACAACCUGGAACGACUAAACCUGAUGAGGGGGACCGCCAUCCUUACUCUAUAAUUGAGUGUGAGGCUAAGCGUGAUGUCAUUUUACCAUCUGUAGUAUACAUACAGAAGAUAUUGCGAAGGAAACCUUUCCUUAUAAAAAACCUUGAAAAUGUUAUGCGAAGAUUUUUGCAAUCGUUGGAGCUUUUCGAGGAAAAUGAAAGGAAGAAGCUUGCUAUUUUCACUGCUCUUGCUUUUUCACAGAAGUUGUCAGGUCUCCCACCUGAGACUGUGUUCCAACCCCUACUUAAGGAUAACCUUGUUGGCAAAGGGCUAGUUCUGUCAUUUAUCACAGACUUCUUUAAGGAAUAUCUGAUUGAUAACAGCCUUGAUGAUUUAAUUUCAAUCUUGAAGCGGGGUAAGAUGGAGGAAAAUCUUCUUGAGUUCUUCCCCCCUGCAAAGAGAACUCCUGAAGCUUUCUCAGAGCAUUUCACCAAAGAGGGGCUUCUGCCGUUGGUUGAGUACAAUGACAAGAAGAUAUUUGAGGUGAAGCUGAAGGAAAUGAAAUCUGCUCUAACAAGCCAGAUAGCAGAAGAAGCAGGCAUAUCUGAAGUCAUAGAAACAGUGAAGCAGCAUGUAAAAGAUGCUAAAUUUCCUGACAUUGAGGUUGUUCGGAUUCUGUGGGAUGUUCUGAUGGAUGCUGUUCAGUGGUCAGGCAAGAACCAACAGCAGAAUGCAAAUUCAGCUCUUCGUCAGGUCAAAACAUGGGCAAAGUUAUUGAAUACCUUCUGCACUAGUGGAAAGCUGGAGCUGGAACUUAUAUACAAAAUCCAAGUCCAGUGCUAUGAGGAUACAAAACUGAUGAAACUAUUCCCUGAAAUUGUGAAGUCCCUUUAUGACGAGGAUGUUCUAGCUGAAGAUACCAUUCUUCACUGGUGCCGAAAGGGAACCAAUCCUAAGGGCAGGCAAACCUUUGUCAAGGCAUUGGAGCCAUUUGUGAAAUGGCUGGAGGAGGCGGAAGAAGAGGAGUGAGUUUCUGGAGACAGUUCAGCUGUUGAGUUGGGCAAUGAAGAGGAAUAAAACUCCGGUGAUGGAAUUGAACCUGGCCCUGAGAACUCACUGUUGUCUCGAAUGUUGACUCGUGGCUUACUAUUUCUAUAAAGGAUAUUGAACGUCCCUAAUGUCAUUUGUAUUCUUGUUUUCCUGAUUGUUAACAAAUAAUACUCUCUUGCUUUAUACCUUUAGACAAUCUUAUGCAAGUUUGCUUUUUCUUUUCUUUUUUUUAAUUAA